CUGACAACUCAAACCACGAUGCCACCUUCUGUCAACUCAACCACGACGAUGCCACCUUCUGACAACUCAACCGUGACGGUGCCACCUUCUGACAACUCAACCAUAACAACACCACCUCCAACACCACCUCCAACUGGAACAGGUCCUUGUUCUCCAAACCCAUGUGGUCAGGGCAGCACCUGUGAGACGUAUGGUAACCAAAGCUUUAUCUGCUUGUGCUUGCCCGGGGAUAACUACAAUUAUGAAAGAAAAAGUUGUGAGAAUGCUCAAAUUUUCCCAGGACAGCUAGGGCUACCAGAUAUAAAAUAUAUGCCAGGCAUGGAAAUCAAGGGCUCACUGCUAUUUCUAGAAGCUUCGAAAAAUAUUACUACUCAGCUGACAAGUGUCUUCAGUACAAGUGAUUCAACUAAGGGUUUCUCCAAUGUCACAGUGCUCGAAAUCAAGAAACUUGGAAACACCAGAGAUGGUUCAGGAAUCAAUGCAACUGUAGACAUGAUCUUCCUCGCAAAUUCGGGUGUCAAAACAUCAAAUAUUGAAAAUAUCUUGAAGGAAAACAACUUAGAGUUCAACGAAAAAAGCCUGUGUGACGACCAACCCUGUGAUGAGAAAACCACACAUUGCACAUCAGCAGAUGGAAAUUUUAACUGUAAAUGUAACGACAACUACAUCAUGACCAACUUGUCCGACAGACUAUGUAUCGCUUGUCCCAGUGGAUACCAUUCCUCUGAUAUGCUAACAUGUGCAAGAUGUAAUUUUGGUUACACUGGUUUUAACUGCGAAGAAUACUGGCUGCUCGCGCUGGUAAUCGUUUCCUGCACGCUUGGGGGAAUACUGCUCAUCUGCCUCAUCCUUCUGCCCAUACUCUCUUGCAGGUCGUCAAAGAAGAGCUCCAAGAAGAAGAGUCAAAAUGUAGAUCUCGGGAAGCCUUAUGUCAGUCACUCUCCUGCCAAGUCACCGUUGGUGUACAGUAACAGCUACCUGGGUAACAGCCAGCAAUCCUCACAGAGUGGCUUAAUAUACGGCAAAAGUGGAGGUGCACCAGAAAUCCCACGGGCCAAAGCCACCAGCGUUUGGGACAGAACGACCAACCUGGAGAUGCCUUCAAGGAACAACCAGCAAAACAGGGACAGGGAGUCGAACCACUACUUUGACGAUGACUCGCACGCUCAGUCUCGACCUCAGAGCGAGCACACCGCUUUUGCACGACCCCGGAACCCGUACGUCCAGAAUCGACCUCCAGUCAACCCGUACAGUCAGAGCCAGGGUUACAACAAUCCCUCCUUCGUACAAGACAAUGGAAGAUACCGCAACUAAAGACACACCAUGACGUUUUCGGACAUUUCCAACGAUCAAAACUCCUAUUACUGCAUGUUUAGAGACACGUAGACUGUCCAAUUACUGUCUACUCUAAAUUAUUCUAGUCUUUUCUCAUGUGUGUGAUGAUCUUCUUGUUGACUGUCGUUCAGUCAAAAUAUUAUUUCCUCAAUGAUAUCUAUGAAAACUGACACUGUGAAACACACUGCUGUUUGAUGUCAUUCUCGCGUCUAUGAAUUUACAAAUGUACAUUUACGGGAUUGUUCUUCCAUCAAAUCGGGGCCUGUUAGCUGCCUUUAGCUACUUUUAUGUAAUUUAUAAAAGAACAGAAAAUACGUUUCUGCCAUGAAAAUGUAAUUGUGUUCUAUUUUGUAUGAAUAUAUUUAUCGUUAAACUUUUUUCAGUGGCUGAUUGAAUAGGAUAUUAUGUUGCAUGAACAUUUCAUUUCAUUUACCAAGUAGGUUCAAAUACACUGAAGCCUAUUUUGAAAUAAAAACUUUGCACUUUU